AUGGGGAGGGUGGACUAUUUGGCUAUGAAAACUGACCCAGUUGUGGCCCAGAGACUCAUCAGGGAUGCUACUAGGCUUGGUGGGAUUGGUUUCGGUACUACUGUUCUCAAAUGGCUUGCCUCCUGUGCUGCCAUUUAUUUGUUGGUAUUGGAUCGAACAAACUGGAGAACAAAUAUGCUCACUUCGCUCCUACUCCCUUACAUUUUCUUUAGUCUUCCUUGGGGGAUCUUCAACUUACUGAGAGGAGAGGUUGGAAGUUGGAUUGCUUUUGUUGUUGUUGUAUUGAGGCUUUUCUUCCCAAGGCAUUUCCCAGUUCUUGCUAAAUACUUUUACUUUGCAGUUCUUACAUUUUCUUUAGUCUUCCUUGGGGGAUCUUCAACUUACUGA